AUGGACGGAACAGUCCUGCCCACCCUGCCCGAGCUCAAGCUGCACGUCGCAAAGGCUGACGUUGACGCAGCUGCCAUUGUUUCCGAGUGGCUUGCUGGUCUGCACGCAUGCCUUGCGGGCACCACCACCGGCGACAGCUUCGCAAAGCUCUUCAUCGGCGACGCGUGGUGGCGGGACAUUCUCGCGCUGGGCUGGGAAUUUACGACGAAGCGGGGUCAGGACGACAUAAGGCACCACGUAGACGAGGGCAGGAGGACGCGCGUGGUGGAAGACGUAAAGGCGUGCGAGGCGGGCGGGUUGAAGCCGUCGCUGGUCGAGUUCGCGGGGCAGGCGUGGGUGCAGUCGGCGUUUACGUUCCGCACGCAGCAUGGUAGCUGCCGGGGGUACGUGCGGUUAGAGAAUGACGCGGAGAAGAACUGGAAGGCUUGGACGGUGUUUACGGAGUUGGAGGAGCUGCAUUACCAGAAGGAGCUGGAGGUGAAGAGGCGCCAGAGCCGGUCGGCGAGGAAGAGGCCGCAGCAGGCGAAUGGAACUCAUGCAAGCGAGGAUCUUGACGUGCUGAUUGUCGGUGCUGGACAAGCUGGUGUGUCCCUGGGGGCACGUCUCAAGCACAUGGGCAUCAGGGCGCUGCUGGUCGAGAGAUAUCCCGCCGUUGGAGACACCUGGAGAGCUCGCUACGACUCGGUGACGCUCAACACGCCGACCUUUACCGACCACUACCCCUUUGUCAAGUAUCCGGAGAGCUGGCCCGAGUGGCUGACCGGGAGCCAGGCCGCCGACUGGCUCGAGCACUACUCGCAGCUCAUGGGCCUCGACGUCCUCGUCGACGCCACCGUCACCUCCGUGCAGCGCACCGACGACCACUACACCGUCACCGUCGAGAGCGGCGAGCAGGAGAAGACGUUCCACCCCCGACACGUCGUCCUCGCGACCGGCGUCUACGGCGACACGCCUGUCACGCCGCAGUUCCCCGGGCAGGAGUCCUUCCGCGGGGACAUCUACCACUCCAGCCAGCGCAAGUCGGCGCGGCUCAUCCCGGACCUCGCCGGCAAGAGCGCCGUGGUCAUCGGCUGCAGCACCAGCGGGCACGACGCCGCGCAGGACCUCGUCGAGUGCGGCGCCCGCCAUGUCUCCAUGAUCCAGCGUCACCCCAUCUUCACGCUCUCCACCGACUCGUGGAAGACGCUGCAGCUCGGGCUCUGGGACAUGCCCGGCCUGACUACCGAGGAGGCGGACCUGGUCGGCAACUCGCUGCCCAUCGCGGUGGUGCGUUCGAUGAGCGUCGGUCUGACGCAGGCGAUGGCGGCGGCGGACGCGGAGAUGCUGGCGGGCUUGCGCGCGGCGGGCAUGGCGCUGCGCACGGGGGGGGACGGCUACGGGCUGGCGGACCACCAGCUGAUCCUCGGCGGACACUACUACAUCGACCAGGGCGCGUGCGCGAUGAUCGCGGACGGGCGCGUCAAGGUGCACCGGUGCGAGGGGGGCGUGGCGCGGCUGACGGAGAGGAGCGUGGAGCUGGCGGACGGGAGGAGCGUGGAGGCAGACGUGGUGGUGCUGGCGACGGGGUUCGAGGGGAACAUGGAGCAUGUGAGAGGGCUGAUGGGGGACGAGGUGGCGGACAGGCUGGUCGGGUUCGGCGAGCUGGACGAGGAGCAGGAGAGGAGGGGGUGGUGGCGGCCGACGGGCGUGGAGGGGUUCUGGUACAUGACGGGCAGCUUCAUGUGGUGUAGGCAGUUUUCGAGGGCGUUGGCGCUGCAGAUUGCCGGGAAGGUCAAGGGAUACUACUGA